AUGCCAUCCAACUGCCCAACCACCUCUGCCAAGCGCGACGAUGACGCGUCGAAAAACGUGACAGAACUGAUCCACCAGCGGUUUCAAAGUAGCCCCAAAGAUGAUUGGGGACGAUUGUUAGAGUGCUGGGGCUAUGAUGACUGUGGAGAUUGUCAUCGGAGUGAAGGCCAUUGCGGGUGGUGUGCGAUUUCCUCGACGUGCCUUCCGUUACCUACGGAUGCUUUGUCAAAAGCUUUCCCUCUCCUUUCACCCAUUCGCUACGACUCGAUAUGCGCUUUGCCGUCAGAGCGCUUUGAGCUGCGUACCUCGGGGUUAGGCUGUCAAGUAUCCACGAUCACUUUCUUGACAUCAAUCGUAACGAUAUUCUGUACACUCUUUGGCGUUCUAGUACUUUAUAGUCUCGCAAAAUGUAUCAAGUGGGUUGGGCUGGGUGCGAAGGCGAGUAGAGGCGGCCACGCGCUCUAUGAGGAUGGAACUGAAGAGGUAUGGGUCAGAAGAAGUGAAAGUUGGGGGAAGUGGUGGCGAAGGGUGAACGGCGAGCAGAAAGAAUUCGAGGUCGAAGAGGUGGACGAAGGGACGCGUAAGAGAGGCUAUUUUUGGUGGAAUACGAGGGACGCAGAGAGGAGACCAUUGCUUGAGUGA